AUGGUUGUGUCUGCCCAGUUUAUGCAUGGAGUGAGCUCAGGUGUUUGCAAGAUAAAUGGCUCAUUUAAAUUGGGAGCUACUAAAAUACUCUCUGGCUGGCAAAUGCAGUGCCUAGCAGCAGUCAUCAAGGACGAACCAAACAUGAGUGGAGGAGGAGAACAGGUCGACAUUCUUCCGGCCAAUUACGUGGUCAAAGAUCGCUGGAAAGUGCUGAAGAAGAUUGGUGGCGGUGGCUUUGGGGAGAUCUAUGAGGCGAUGGAUCUGCUGACCCGUGAGAAUGUGGCCUUGAAGGUGGAAUCAGCCCAGCAGCCCAAGCAAGUUCUCAAGAUGGAAGUGGCUGUCCUGAAAAAGCUGCAAGGGAAAGAUCAUGUUUGCAGAUUUAUUGGCUGUGGAAGGAAUGAAAAAUUCAAUUACGUGGUCAUGCAGCUUCAGGGCCGGAAUCUGGCAGAUCUCAGGAGGAGUCAACCUCGAGGGACUUUCACGCUGAGCACCACACUGCGAUUAGGCAAACAGAUUCUGGAAUCAAUAGAAGCCAUUCACUCUGUGGGAUUCCUGCAUCGAGACAUCAAGCCUUCCAAUUUUGCCAUGGGCCGCUUGCCUUCAACGUACAGGAAGUGCUAUAUGUUAGACUUUGGUCUGGCCCGUCAGUAUACCAACACCACCGGUGAAGUCCGGCCACCCCGCAACGUUGCUGGUUUUCGAGGAACGGUCCGCUACGCCUCGGUGAACGCACACAAGAACAGAGAGAUGGGUAGACAUGAUGAUCUGUGGUCCCUCUUUUACAUGUUGGUGGAGUUCGCGGUUGGUCAGCUUCCAUGGAGGAAGAUCAAAGAUAAGGAGCAGGUUGGCAUGAUAAAAGAAAAGUAUGAACACCGAAUGCUGCUAAAACACAUGCCUUCAGAGUUCCACCUUUUUCUGGAUCACAUUGCAAGCCUAGACUACUUCACCAAGCCAGACUAUCAGCUAAUCAUGUCCGUUUUCGAGAACAGCAUGAAAGAAAGAGGUAUCACUGAAAAUGAAGCCUUUGAUUGGGAGAAGGCUGGUACAGAUGUCUUGUUGUCCACUAGCACCUCUACUCCACCACAGCAAAACACCAGGCAAACAGCAGCUAUGUUUGGGGUGGUUAAUGUCACUCCGGUGCCUGGGGACUUGCUGCGUGAGAACACUGAGGAUGUCCUGCAGGGUGAACAUCUGAGUGAUCAAGAGAAUGCUCCUCCCAUCCUGUCAGGCCGGCCAGCAGAAGCUCUUGGUCAGGCUCCAAACACUGCGUUCAAUGAGGGGGAAGUUUGGGAAGAGACAGAUGUGAAUCGGAACAAACUCAGGAUCAGCAUCAGCAAAACUCAGUGCAUGGUGGAAGAGGAGCAGAGAAACGGUGUCUGCCCCAGCUCCCCUGUCCGAGUGCCUCCGGAGUCCCCCACAGCCCAAGCGCGCUCCCUGCGGUACCGCCGUGUGAACAGCCCGGAGUCAGAACGCCUCUCCACUGCUGACGGCAAAGGAGAUCCACAUGAAAGAAGAUCUCGAAUGGAUUUACCUGGCUCUCCAUCACGGCUCGUGUGCUCCUCCCAGCCAGCCCAAAUGCUGUCCAUUGAUACUGGGCAGGCUGACCGGCAGGCAAGUGGUCGGAUGGAUGUGUCUGCUUCGGUGGAACAUGAAGCCCUCAGCAAUGCUUUCCGCUCAGUGCCACUUGCAGAGGAGGAGGACUUUGACAGCAAGGAGUGGGUUAUCAUUGAUAAGGAGACAGAGCUGAAGGACUUCCACCCGGGUGCUGAGCCAAGCACCUCUGGGACCACAGAUGAGGAGCCUGAGGAACUAAGACCAAUUGAAGAUGGUGAGGAGAGAAGGCGCCUGGGGGCAGAUGCUGCUGUCAGGCCGAAGACGCACGAUGGGCGAAGUCGGGGUAUGCAGCCUGUGACUGAGGAGGACAGUUCCCACAGACAUGAAGGACCUUCUCAAACAGUAUCUGACAGUAAACACGAACAGCAGACAGGAAGCCCAGCCCACUCCCCCCUACAUUCAGCACCAGCUAUCCGACAAAGGAGACGAGAAUCUGAACCUACUGGUCCUCAGAGACAGGCCUUCUCAGCACUCCCUCCCGAGUCCUUUGAAAUGAAUGGUCUGCCCAAGGCGGUGCCUUUAAGUUUGCCUUACCAAGACUUCAGAAAGGAUGUGUGCAACUACUGGCAAAAGCCUAAAGUGUCCCAGCGGAUAAAGAGAGUUGAUUUCUCAAAUGUUGUCCUGACUGCUCCUUGCAAACCUCUGGAACCUUAUCUGGAAAUUAAUGGAAAAGAGGAGGAAGAGGAAGACGAGGAAGAAGAGGAUGAGGAGGAGGAAGACGAGGAGGAGGAGGUGGAAGAGGAAGGGGAUGAGAUUGACAUGCACAGCGGUUCCAGCAGUGACCUGAGUCAGAAGAGCACGGAGCGCAGCCAGGAGUGUGCCCCAUCCACGCUCCUGGCUGAUGACCAGAAGGGAUCCAGGGGUCGAGCAUCCACUGCUGACGGGGACCUGGAGCUGGAGGAGGGCUCAAAAACACUAGUGCUGUUUUCACCAGGUGAUCUGAAGAAGUCACCGGUGACCACAGACCUGCCUCCAGAAGUGGAUCUGGGCACUCUUGCUGCACUGACACCUCAGAGCGAGCGGCCACAGCCUAUGGGGAGCCAGCUGGAUGUAUCCGAGCCGGGGACCCUGUCCUCAGUCCUUAAGUCGGAACCAAAGCCUCCCGUGGCCGUGGCUACAGCUUCCUCCCCCUUUACCAAAGUAGAGCGCACGUUUGUUCACAUUGCCGAGAAGACCCACCUAAACGUCAUGUCUUCCAGCGGCCAGCUGAUGAGGCAUGAGGAGUACUGCCCUUCAGGCCAGUUUGAGGAGGUCAUCAUCGAGGAAGAGCUGGAGGACAACCUGGUGCUGGUAGAGAACGGGAGCAUACAUUCGGGGCUGGAAGGGGCAGAGACGGAGAGCUGUGCGCUCUCCGCUAACCCCAUUGAAGCCACCUUGGAGACAGUGGGGGAGCAGUUGGCUCUUCCCAGUGCAGCAAAGCCUCCCGAGGACAAGCCGGAGCUCUCCGAUAAAGCAGUGCUCUCAGUGGAUGUGGAAGAGCCUGGCAAGACAGGUACAAGGGAGCCUGACCUGGAGAAGUCAGCACCGGUGGCAGAGCUCCUUCAGCGAGCAGAGACCGUCCUUGACACCCCACAGCAGGGCCCCCGGAGACCCCUGGGCUCCAGGUACAGGAGCCGGAUACCCAUCUUGUUCUCGGAGGAGGACACUGGCUCAGACCUCUCAACUUCACUCUCAGCCAAAGAGAGGCUUUAUAAGAGAGCAAAGCAACCUGACCUGGCUCGCCUAGUGAUGGAGAAGAGGCAGAGCCGCCUCCUCCGCCUGGCCUCGGGGGCCUCCUCCUCAGCAUCCUCCAGCGACGAGCGGCGCCGGGCAUCGGAAACGCUCUCGGCCACUGGCUCCGAGGAGGACACCCAUGACUCGGAUGACUCCAUCCCAAGGAAGGCAGGGAAGGAGAGGGCAGCCCUGCUGGGGAAAGAAGAGAGACCCACAAGCACAAAGAGCAGGAUUCCUCGGCCCAUCACCCCGGUGAAAGCACUGCUGGAGGCAGCCAAGGCUGAGAGCUCCAUGGCGGCCGCAACAGCAGCACUGUGCAGCUCCCCGCAGGAUGCCGCUGUUGCCCACAGGCUUCAGGCACAGAGACCCACCGGGAGCAUCCCCAACGAGUGCCGAGCAGCGCAGAUACAAAGCCGGCUCCCUCCUUCGCCGAGCUCCACGUCUCUUCCCGCACGGAGCAGCUCACGGAGGUCCAGCUGCGCAUCCCCUCGGAGCCCCGUCCUUCCUUCCAGGAACCCCAGCACUUCCCCCAGAAGCCAGCUGCCCCCUCGGAGGGAAAGCCCUUCUCCCUGCCGGCAGCAUAAGCCAGGGACUGCUGCUCCUCAGCGAGUUCCUCCUUCCCCCCGACCCCAGCCCGCAGCUCAGGCCCUGGGGCCGACAGGAGAUUCCCUGCCCUCUCCUGGCCUGGCCAAAAAACGACAGAGAGGAAAAACCCAGACUCAGAGUCCAGCAACCAAAGGAAAGCAGGUGUCCCUGGAAAGCAAGGCAGCUGCCAGAUAAUGACCUUCUGCCAGCCCAACAGACUGGGUAACUUCUGCAUAUAGUAUACACUUGAGAUGCUGCAGCACAGCCUUCCACGCUGGACCCACGAGUGUAUAGCAGUAGCUGUUCUUCAAAGCUUCACUCACUCUCACCCCACACCGUCGCGAUCAGCUCCCACAGGCCUGCAAGCCUCCGAGCCACGGAGCCUUCUCCAAGGGAGACCCCAGCCCGCAGCUCACGCUUGCUAACACACAGCACCAAGCAGUGACCCAGGCAGCCUGCCCAGUGCCUGUCCCUCCUUCCCCCCGGCAGCCCCUCUCCCUGUUAGCAAUACCAGCUGCCAGUGCCAAUGGCUGUAGAAAGAGGAGCAGUGGUGAGGAGAGCAAGGCCUGCUGGAGAGGAUGCUCCCAUCCUGCAGGCAGCUUCCUCCUCUCUCCUUGCUGGGAAAACACCAGCCUUGGCCACCACCAUCUACCUGAGUGUUGGCUCACAUCCUGCCACCUGUGUUAGCAAGGGAUGGUCACCAGCUUAGCCAGGAGGGAGGGAUGCAUCCUUGUGUGCAGAGAUCUUCUACAAGGGGCUCUUCUCUCCUUUGCCAGAGAUGCCCCUGCAGGGGGGAAUGGGAGAUAGGCAGGGCUUGCUGGAUGCUCCUACCCGCUCCGGUGUGUCCCACAGAGGAAGCUGUGUGGCACUGCUGCUCGGUGGCACUGCUGCUGUUCCAGCAGAUGCCAUGUGGUGGGUGUUUAAAUGGAAGUAGGGAUGUCAUGGCAGCUUGCUGGGAAAUCAAGAGCACUUGCUAACUGAUGUAAAGGGAGCACCCUGCAGCCGCUUCUGUCUCAAGUACCAGACUGUGAUCUGUGGAGACCACAUCUCCCAACAUGGGUGGUUCUUCUCAACCUGGAUGUGGUUGGUGCCACAGACCCGUAGCCCACCAAACACAGCUCUCGUCUGAAGAUGUGAAGAGUCACUGGAUGCCUUUAGCUUGGGUGCCCCUUGCACCUGAAUUCCUUGUGCUUUCUUGUCACGCUCUCGGUGUUUGUGGAUUUUGGCACUGUGGUUGAAAGUUCCCUUACAUGGCAGGGUGGGAAAUGAUUGUCCUGUCCUAUACUCAGGAGCUGCUGCUUUGUGAGGAGAGGUUUGUCAGCACAUGGGUACCUUGUGCCUUUCUGCCUGAGAGUGCAGAGGGUUCAGUUGAAGACGUGUCUUUCUCAUGCUCAGCUCUUCCACACAUGUGAGAACUGGCAGCGUGGGGGUAAAAGCAGGGGCUGUGCUCCUCAAGCAGUAGCAUCAGAGCAGAGGCUCAGCACUCAGCUAGAACUAAACCAACUUUUUAGGCCCAAACUAAUCAGGAAGGCUUGAAAGUGAAGCCAGGAGGACUGAUGCAUGGUGAGAUCUUAAAGCAAUCACACAAUUUCACACACCUCACAGGGGCAGAUGUUCCAGACCCAAAUACCUGGGGCUUCACACCAUUGUCAUAGGCUCUGCAUGAGGCAGAACAAAAACACAGCUGCUCCAUGCACCCAUUCCCACAUCUAUAACUAGCUGCAAGUAUUCACUGUUUGCAGACAAAAAGCUUGAUAGAGGAACCUGAACAGUUAUAGUCUCUAUUCUUUUGAACAUGAAUGCAGCAGCCACACUGAUGGCCAUUGACCAUCACUCAAAUCCUGAAGUUGUUCACAUCUACAGGAAAGGAAAGGAGCAAGGGAGCUGUGCCAGGGUGGCUGGAAGAACAGGGUGCUCCUUGGACAGCUGAAUAGGGAAAUGUCUAGGAAUGGGUGACAGGAAUUACCUCUUUACAUGACCAUCUCAGUGUUGCCAAUGCUAAGAAUGUAUUUCAUCUGGCUCAGUGCUGUUUCCACUGAUGAUGUUCAGGUAAGAAGCACAGCUUCUGCUCUACAGAUAUGCCCUCACCUUUGCAGAGAAGCAUGGGGAGCAUUUGGUCACACAGCAGAAGUGGGGCAAGGAGAAGACAGAGGGUGACCACUUCUUCUGGUGGCACUUAUGUGAAUUUGACUUGGGGGGGGGGAUGUCAAACUGCCACCUAAUUGUGCCCUCUGUGUUUAGAACCUAGAAACAGAAUUAAUGCAAAGACAGAUUCUUUCCAGAGAUAUAAACUGUACUGCACCUGUAUUAGAUUGUUGGGGGACUGUUCAGGUUGGAGUGCUCAGAGGGCAAGACUUGGAGGUGAAGCCUUUACCAGGAGCUCCACACAGGUUUAGAUGCACAUGCCAAACCCAGGACUAUUCACAGGGUUAGCAAAGCUGCCUUAGCACGAGAGGCCAAUAAAGCACAAUGAAUGUAUUUCUUCAAGAGGAAGUUUAGUUUUCCUUGGCCCAGCAUCUGUUGUUGGUGUGUGGCUCCUUCCUUGCUUCACUGCAAAGACAUCAAAGAGAAGAUGUAGCUGAGCAAUCAGAGGAAAUGGUUAGGAAGGAUAAAGAAGGUUGGAGCCAUGAGGAGAAGCAGGAUUCGCAGCACUUCCCCAUGUUGGCAGGAACUUCUGGGAACAGCUUGACACCGCUGGGUUCCCCAUCAGUGUCUGCUGCAAGGUCUACCCUGGCAAGCUGCAGAUGGUUGUGCCCAUGUGUGUUUUGAGGGCACUCCUGGAGCAGGCUGCCCCUGUGCCUGCAUUUGUGUGGUGGGGAUAGGACUUAUUCAGGAGAGCAUAUGUGUGUUGGGACCAUAAGUGUCUUUGGGACUGCUUGGUACCAUGAGAUAAAGCUAAUGCUCUGCUGAGAGCCUUUGCUUUGCUGGGGUCUGUGAAGUCCCUGCUCUUUGUUGCCUGCCAGCUGAGAAGGUGGCUGGUAAAAACCAGUCAAAGGAUGCUGUAUGGCCAGGAGGUGCUUGCAAAGAAACAAGGAUACAGGGAAGGAGGCAUGCCAAAUGGUGAAUCUGACAGGUCCCAGUGCUGAGCCAGGGUGACAACAGAUGAUAUGAGCAGAGAGAGCAGAAGGACCGAUGGCACCAGUCAGACUAAUGCUAUGCAGGGGCUUGAACAUGCAAGUGGAGAUGCUUAACCCAUCAGGCAGCACAAAUGCUUGCGGUUGUCUUGGUGCAAAAGGGGUUUGAGCAGCAGACAGCUCUGAGUCAGUUGUG